CCCUCAAACCCUAGUUUCGCAUUGUACGUUUGGCGCAGCGAAGCACUCUUAAUUCUUCAGUCGUCUCCCAUUACCUUUUAUUUGGGGUGUAAAAAUGUCGCUUGGAGAGACUGCUUGCAGCUACGCAGCUCUCAUCCUUCACGAUGAUCGAAUUCCGGUCACUGCUGAUAAGAUCUCUACCUUGUUGAAAAGUGCAAAGGUUGAAGUAGAAUCGUAUUGGCCCAGCUUAUUUGCUAAACUUGCUGAGAAGCGAAAUUUUGAGGAUUUGAUAGCGAAUGCUGGAGGCGGUGGGGCUUCAGUUGCUGUUGCAGCCGCCCCAGUUGCUGCUGCAGGUGGUGGCAGUGCUGCUGCCGCCGCUGCUCCUGCUGCCGAGGAGAAGAAAAAGGAAGAACCUCAAGAAGAAAGUGAUGAUGAUAUGGGAUUUAGCUUGUUUGAUUAGUAAACUUCUCAUUUUCUAUAUAUUGUGGUCAAUUUUGUGGUUAUUUAAGGUUACUAACUCUAUGGAUUAUGUAGGUUUUCUUUUUAGUGUUGGUUAUUUACCUCGUGAUUUUGUAGUGCCAUGAACUUCGGAAUGUGGGUUUGUCCAUUUGAGAAUUCAGAGUGCAGAAGUGUUUACAUUUUUCUCUUUCCUCCCCAUUCCAUUUGUCCAUUGUUAUCUCGUACCCCCUUUAUGUCUUAACAUGGUUGCUGAACCUGACUUCGAUAAUUGGUACCGACCCCGUAUUUAUCUUCUUGAUUGGUACACAAUGGA